UAUUACGGCCCGCCUCCCUGCAUUUCACUUGGAGCUGCGCUCUUUUUCGCUCAGUAGUGAGUAGGAAGAAGCAUUGGCAUUUGGCAGCAACCUCUAUAGUCUAUACUUGAAGGUUACGAUCAAGAAUCUCAGCUUUUUUAUCUUUCCAGAUCAAUCAAUCAAUCUCAAUCACCUUUUCCUCUUCCAUAAUCCCAGAUUCUUUCGCACAAUAUGACUCAAGACGUUGAGAUGAAAGAGCAGCAACCUGCUCCUUCCAAUUCUGUGUCCUCCACCGAUCCCUCCGUUUUUGAGCAUUUGAAGGACAUUGCUUCCCUUGUUGAGGCUGGAGCAUAUGCUAGAGAGGUUAGGAGGAUUGUUAGGGCAGUGAGGUUGACCAUCGCGGUAAGGAGGAAGCUUAAAACUUCUGCCUUGACUGCUUUCCUGAAUUAUUCCCUUACACCUGGAUCAGAUGUCCAUGCUCGGCUUUCUGCCUACCUGCCCAAGGAGGAUGAGCUUGAUAUGGAAGUUGACAUUGCAUCUCAAGCCCCUGCAAAGCACCUUGUGCCAGAGCUUGAGAUUUAUUGCUACUUGCUUGUUCUUAUAUAUCUAAUUGAUCAGGGGAAGUACAGUGAGGCAAAGGCUUGUUCUUCAGCAAGCAUUGCUCGUCUAAAGACCUUGAACAGGAGGACUGUUGAUGUUCUAGCUUCUAGGCUCUACUACUACUAUUCUUUGAGUUAUGAGCGUACUGGUGAUCUUGCUGAGAUCCGAGGUAACCUCCUUGCUUUGCACCGGAUUGCAACACUGAGACAUGAUGAGCUGGGUCAGGAAACACUUCUUAAUCUGUUACUCCGAAAUUACCUUCACUACAACUUGUAUGAUCAAGCAGAGAAGUUGAGGUCAAAGGCACCCCGUUUUGAAGCUCAUUCAAAUCAGCAGUUUUGCCGGUACCUCUUCUAUCUUGGAAAGAUUAGGACUAUUCAGUUGGAGUAUACAGAUGCUAAAGAGUCUCUCCUUCAAGCUGCCCGAAAGGCUCCAGUUGCUGCGCUUGGGUUCCGAGUCCAAUGCAAUAAGUGGGCUGUUAUUGUUCGCUUAUUACUUGGAGAGAUCCCUGAAAGGACUGUGUUUAUGCAGAAAGGAAUGGAGAAAGCAUUAAGGCCAUACUUUGAGUUAACAAAUGCUGUUCGUAUUGGGGACUUGGAGUUAUUUAAAACUGUUGCUGAGAAGUUCUCAAGCACUUUCAGCAAGGAUGGAACUAACAAUUUGAUUGUGAGGCUUCGACAUAACGUCAUUCGGACUGGGUUACGCAAUAUCAGUAUCUCAUACUCUCGCAUCUCGUUGGUUGAUGUUGCAAAAAAACUAAGAUUGGAUUCUAAAAACCCUGUUGCUGAUGCUGAAAGCAUUGUAGCAAAAGCAAUUCGAGAUGGUGCAAUUGAUGCCAUAUUGGAUCAUGGUAAUGGAUGCAUGGUGUCCAAGGAGACUGGAGAUAUUUAUUCUACAAAUGAACCUCAGAUUGCUUUCAAUUCUAGAAUUGCUUUCUGCCUUAACAUGCAUAAUGAAGCAGUCCGUGCUCUUCGGUUUCCACCUAAUAACCAAAAGGAGAAGGAAAGUGCAGAGAAGAGGAGAGAGAGGCAGCAGCAAGAACAAGAACUCGCCAAGCAUAUAGUAGAGGAUGAUGAUGAUGAGUUCUAAACAAAUUGCUUAUGAGCCAUCUCCUUUGGUUUGGAAGGAUGGAUUUUACGUAGUUUGCAAUGCCCUUCACCCUUUUUGGUUAUUAUUACAGGGGUAUGUCUACAUAAUUACAUUGCAGUUUGUUUUUCAUAUCAAGAACACAUUUUUAAUAACAUUGCAGUUUGUUUUUCAUAUCAUGAACACAUUUUUUUCA